AUGAGUACCAGACUGGAAGUCAUCUAUCCAGACGGUUCCAAAUACGACCACCAACUUCCAUCUAAUUUCGAGGACCAAGUUAAAGAACUAAUAGCCAAGUUACAAGAAAAACUGGUAAGAGAAGGUGCUUGGAUAGAAAACAAAGGUGCCAGUCUAACUUUUCAUUUUAGAGAAGCACCAGCACACUUAAGGGAAGAAAUGGAAAGAGAAGCUACCAAAAUUAUAGAGGCAGCAAAUUUCAAAUCUUCAAAGGCACAUAUGGCUGUAGAGGCAAGACCAAAAGUUGAUUGGAAUAAGGGAAGCGUGGCGCUCUUGCUUUUGGAGCAGAAAUACAGAAAGAACUGGAACAAAGAGGCCAAGGUGAUAUUUGUUGGUGAUGAUACAACUGAUGAAGAUGCUAUGAAGGCUUUGAAAGGGAAUGCGGCUUUGUUUAGAAUUGCUAAGCCUUGUGCUGAUACAAAUGCUGAUAAAAUUAUUUCGUCUACUGAAGAUACACUAAAAAUACUGAAAAUAGUUCAAAAACAUUUUAAGAAAUAA